CGUUUCUCAACCAGUUGUUGCUAACAUCAUUUUCACGCAGCUUUAAAACUAACUGGAAAUGGUGAAAUCUGGCUUUUUGACUCGACUAAAAAACUGACAAGAUCAGCUUCAGGGAGUUUAUGUUGAAUGUAAACAUUAUCCACAGAGGCACUCCUGAAGAGAGACUGCAGAUGGCAUUCACACUCUACGACAUAGAUGGAGACAAGAAACUCGCCAAACAAGAACUCACCGAAAUCAACAAGGCUAUGCUGGCGCUUGUGGGAACUAUAAUGAUCGGAGCUGCAGAAGAUGAAUUGAAUCCCUCGAUUAGGACAAAGAGGAUAUUCCGCCAGAUGGACAAACAGAGAAAGGGAUACUUGACUUACAUGGAGUUCGCAGAGGGUAUUAAAAAUGACCCGGUCAUUGCGAAGAUGCUACUGGAUGACAAACUUGGAUUCAGGCGGUGAUUUAAUUGCCACGUGGAAAACUGUGAACUUUCAUUUACU